UUAUGCCAAAGGCUUUUCUACCCAAUGAUCCUCUUGCAACACUCUGGGCUUCCUCUACCUAAGCGACCUUCAUCCUCUCCUCCUAUGUCAGUGGCUACCAGGUCUACAGGAACUUUGCAGCUUCCAUCACAGACACCUUUUGGGCAAGAGGCUUCCUUGCCUCUGGCAGGGGAAGACGACUUACCUAAGGGAGGGGAGCAAGACUCUGCCCUGGAGGAGCUAUGUAAGCCCUUGUACUGCAAGCUUUGCAAUGUCACCCUGAACUCAGCACAGCAAGCCCAGGCUCAUUAUCAGGGUAAAAAUCAUGGUAAGAAACUCCGAAAUUAUUAUGCAGCAAAUAGCUGUCCUCCUCCUGCCAGAAUGAGCAAUGCAGUGGAGCCUGUGGCUACUCCAGUUGCUUCUGUUCCUCCACAGAUGGGCUCCUUUAAGCCGGGAGGCAGAGUGAUCCUGGCCACAGAGAACGAUUACUGUAAGCUCUGUGAUGCCUCCUUUAGUUCUCCGGCUGUGGCCCAGGCUCACUAUCAAGGGAAGAAUCAUGCCAAGAGGCUUCGGCUGGCGGAAGCUCAGAGUAACUCAUUCUCGGAAUCCUCAGAGGUGGGUCAGCGAAGGGCCCGGAAAGAAGGGAAUGAAUAUAAGAUGAUGCCGAAUAGGAGAAAUAUGUAUGCAGUACAGAACAAUUCAGGUCCUUACUUCAAUCCCCGCUCUCGGCAGAGAAUUCCACGUGACCUAGCCAUGUGUGUUACUCCCAGCGGCCAGUUUUACUGCUCUAUGUGUAAUGUUGGGGCUGGCGAAGAGAUGGAAUUCCGGCAGCAUUUAGAGAGCAAGCAGCAUAAAAGCAAGGUGUCUGAACAGCGGUACAGGAAUGAGAUGGAGAAUCUGGGAUAUGUAUAG